AUGGCCCCUCGUCGUGAUGCAGCCUCGAAAAAGGCCAGUGUCAAGAAGCGGCAGGCCGACAAACUAGCCGCUCGCCGGGCGGCCAAAGAAAGCAAGCUCCAGAAGAAGGCCGAGAAGACGUUCGCGAAGUCGGUGGCGACGUACGAGCAGGGGUCGUUCGAGAGAGUCCGGGCAUUCGUCGAUCAGCAGCUCGACGACAAUCCGGCCUGGAUCAGGCCACUCGCCGACCUCAUGCGGGACGGGGCGAUCAAGGCCAUCCUCAAGAUGGGGUCGCCCGACUCCGCUCAGGCGGCCGGGGCGGGCGGCAGGGCGGUCGAGAAGUGGCAGGGCAGGGCCAAGACUUGGGGCGAGUUGCCCGUCGAUGCCGUCAUUCGCAUGCUCGGCUGCGUCGGCGUCGAAAUCAAUGAGCCUAAGGUGGAUGAUGGGACGAUCGACGAGCAGACCAUCCGGGCAUUCUUCGAGGUGCAAUUCUUCGUGGACGGCGGGGUCAACUUGCCGGCCGGCUGCCGUGCGUAUGAGACCUUGGAGACAAUGGCCAGGCAGCGGUUCGAGAACCUGAACCUGAAGAUUGUGCAGCCGAAGCUCGAGGCCUCCGGGACGUUGGAGUGCUUCGCCUUGGCCGAGAACGGCGAGAUGUGUUGCAUGCACAGCGAUUCCACGGCCACCUUGCCAGGUCUUUCGGGUGACGACAAGUGGGUCCUCUCGGAUGCGAGCUCGCCGUCGUGCGUAGUUUACUCGGAGUCCAACCCCUCGGUCUCCUUCUCGUGCCGGUCGCUCUUCGACGAAGUUCGCGGCAGCCAAGUGGACUUUCAGCAAGAAGGACAGCUGAGGAUGCACCUAGGUCUCACGGCUAGGGCUAGGUCUUACUUGGGUUUCUCGGUAUGGUCUCACACGUAG